AUGUCUCCGGCUUAUCGCAGCCCACCGGGCGUUGUGUCACUUUGGCUAGGCCUCCUUAUUAUCCUACUGUCAUGCGUAAAUGCGUAUGAGAAAAUAUCAGAUGAGACUCUGACCGCUCUAUCACGGCCGCAGAACGACUUUGACAUUCACAAUGGCGCACUGUUGUCACCUAUACUAAGGACCCGCGUUCCUGGCACCCCCGGCUCCACCGCAGUGCUCAAUCACUUUGCUGAUUUCUUUCGAACCACAUUGCCUAAAUGGAAAAUUGAGAUCCAUAACUCUACAUCCAAAACACCACUUUCAAAGGGGAAGGAGGUGCCUUUUCGAAACUUCAUCGCUACUCGCGAUCCUCCUUGGGCUUCGGUUGGAGACGUCAACCGGUUGACUCUUGUCGCCCAUUAUGACAGCAAGGUGGCGCCCGAAGGCUUCAUCGGAGGGAUUGAUAGUGCAGCGCCAUGUGCCAUGAUUAUGCAUGCUAUGCGCAGUAUCGAUGGCGCGCUGGAGAAGAAAUGGUCUGCAUUGAAGGAGCAGGGACUAUAUGAGUUCCUCGACGAGGCACAGGGUCUCCAGGUCAUUUUUCUGGAUGGCGAAGAAGCUUUCAAAGAGUGGACUGCCACGGAUUCUCUUUACGGGGCUCGCGCGCUGGCUACACAUUGGGAUGACCAAUUCUACCCUGCGAUGUCGGAAUUCAAGACUCCUUUGUCCUCAAUCUCUCUUUUCGUUCUUUUGGAUCUACUAGGUUCAAAAUCUCCGACAAUUCACUCUUAUUACCCGACCACUCACUGGGCUUACCAAAACCUGGGUGCUCUUGAAAAGCGAUUCAAGUCACUAAAGCAAUUCAAAACAGCCGCGGCCGAUCCUUGGUUUGUGGAUACUGAAAAGGAUGGACACAAAAUUUUGGCUUUGGGGGGUAUUCAAGAUGACCACCUUCCCUUCCUCGCAAAGGGGGUUGAGAUCCUCCAUCUCAUCGACUAUAGUCCCUUCAAAGGAUUUCCAUCUGUUUGGCAUACAAUCGACGACGAUGGCGAACAUCUUGAUUUAGAUACUGUCGAAGACUGGAGCAUGCUGGUUACUGCUUUUGCUGCUGAGUGGAUGGGGCUAGAAGGUUACUUCGACCACUCAUCUACCCCUAACGCACGCAGUGACGAAGACUCUACUGAGUUGGAGGCGAUUCGCUUGGAUAGGAAGACUGAGUUGUAA